UUAACUACUCUACACUCUACACAGUCUACACUCUAAGCUCAAAAGCUCGACCACCAAGAUGGCAAGAUUGGCGCUCUAGGGUUCCAUUUUCUUUGUCUUCUCGUUCUUGGAAUGUCGAGGAUCUCAGGAUUUCUUCACGAGCUGCAUACUGGAAUAAAUGGUUUGUUUCUUUUCUUGCUUGGAUUGAUGAUUGCUGUGAUCAGGAACUGUGAACUUGGGUAUGCCGUAUCAUCAUUUGGUCUUUAAGAUUCCCAUUUUGGAAAAUGAGGAUCUGUAUUGCAGACUUUGCUUUUGGUUUGUAAUGGAAGUCGUAUCCUCGUUGGUUCUGUAAUUAGGAUUUGAAGGUUAUAGAACCCAAUUUUAAAAGAUGUCCGAUGGACGGCGUCAUUCUGUUGAUAUCCCUCUCUCUAAGGCUCUUGUAACACUAAGAAGAGUUCGAUCACUGAGGGAUCCAUCAACAAACUGUACAAACAAAUUCACUGCUUGUGUCGACAAUAUGUGCUGGGAAACCAAUUCUUGGCGUGGUCUGGUGAAUGGUUUCCAUGUAGGUGACCUGAAGAAUUUAGAUGGAAGAAUGGAGUUUGAUAGUGAUCCUGAAUUGAGAUUUGGUUCGAGAGUAUCUGGUUGCAAGUCAUUUUCAUCAAAGAAAUCACCUCACUUUGGAAAUAGAAGCUCAGAUUUGGCAAGGCCUAGAAAGGUUGAUGAGUCGGGACAUUCUAAAUCAAAUUGUGAUGGUGUCCACGGGAACAAAUCAUUUAGUCAAAGACAUGUCAGUAAUCAUGGGGACAAAGCAUUAUUAGAUUUGAAAUGUAUCCCAACUUCCUGCAACCAUAUGGAGCAUGCAGAUUCAUAUGGAGAACUGACUUUAGGAUCUGCACAGUCAGAAAGAAUUGAUCCUACUGUAAGAAGGAAAUCUGGAUGUGUUUCAAGAAUAAAAUCAUCUUUGGCAGAAGCAGAGGUGGUGGGAAGCUGUGUAAGUAGUCCAAAUCCAACCAUAAGCGAUGCCCGGAUGGAAGGUUCAAGCCGUAGUGCAUCACUUUUUGGAAAUGAAGAAGCAAAACUUGUGGAUCGCUAUCACCGUGGAUGUGGGAUUAGUUGUUGCUGGUCAAGAACCCCAACAUUGAGGGAAUCGAGUCUUGCUUCUGAUUUUGAGGAUCAUCCCUUGUUAUUGAGUGAAGGUGGCGAGAUGGAUCCAUCUGGACAAGGACAGCCCUGCUCAUAUCUUAAGAGAGAAAUUGCUCAUCAUGCAGACAGUCCAAGUAACUUUUGUCAGAAAUUCAGACCAAGAUCUUUCAAUGAUUUGAUAGGACAGCAUGUAGUAGCACGGUCUCUCCUGAGUGCUAUUUUGAAAGGAAGAAUCACAUCCUUUUAUUUAUUCCAUGGACCCCAUGGUACAGGUAAGACUUCGACCUCUAGAAUCUUUGCAGCAGCUCUGAAUUGCCUUUCCCUGAAGGAGCAUAGGCCAUGUGGAUCGUGUCAAGAAUGUUUUCUCUUUUUUUCUGGAAGGGGCAAAGAUGUGAAGGAAGUGGAUCCCAUGAGGAUCAAUCGGACAGAUAGGGUUAGGUCCCUCCUUAAGAAUGCAGUACUCCCACCAGUUUCCUCUCGGUUUAUGGUCUUCAUCGUUGAUGAGUGCCAGUUGCUUAGUGGGGAAACAUGGGCAACCAUUUUGAAUAGCCUGGAGGAUCUUCCUCAACAUGUUGUCUUUAUAAUGAUCACUGCUGACCUGGAUAAGUUACCACGUUCUGCUGCAUCUCGUUGCCAAAGAUAUCACUUUCCAAGGAUAAAGGAUGCUGAUGUUGCAAAUAUGUUGACAAAAAUUUGUGUUCAAGAGGGUUUGGAUUUUGACAUUGUUGCUUUGGAUUUCAUUGCUACCAAAGCUAAUGGUUCUCUUCGAGAUGCAGAGAUGAUGCUUGAUCAGCUGAGUUUACUUGGGAAAAGAAUCACAAUAUCACUGACCCAUGAGCUUAUUGGAUUUGUUUCUGAUGAUGAACUGCUUGGCUUGCUCGAUUUGGCUUUUUCCUCUGACUCUUCAAACACAGUUAGAAGGGCUAGGGACCUUAUGAAAUCAAGGGUUGAUCCUAUGCAGUUGAUUUCUCAGCUUGCAAAUCUAAUCAUGGACAUUCUUGCUGGAAGAUGCCAGGCUAGAAGAAACUUUUUUGGAAGGGAUAAUUCGAACUUACAAAAGUUAAGGCAUGCCUUAAAAAUACUUUCUGAAACUGAGAAACAAUUGAGGUCAUCAAAGAAUCAAACAACCUGGCUAACAGUUGCUCUUCUACAAUUGAGUUCUAUAGAAUCGUCAUCCUUGGAUGCAAAUGAUUCAAGAGUGUGCCUGACAACAGCAUUUGAGAGAGAUGAUGGCUUUGGCAGCAAAUCUUCUACCAGAGAGAUUUUGAAACAUCCUGUCUCUUGUUUAUGUGAUGAAAGUAAGUCCCAUAAUUCAGAGAUGCAUGGAGAUUGUAAGGAGAAGCUAAGAACCAUUUGGAGGAGAGUCAUAGAAAACUGCCACUCAAAUACACUGAAGAGAUUUUUACAGAAAAAAGGGAGAUUGGGUUCUGUUUGUAUCAACCAAGGUCUGGCAAUAGCUGGAGUGGAAUUCUAUCAUCCUGAUCACGUGUUGAAGGCAGAAAAAUCAUGGAAAAUUAUUGCCAGUUCACUUCAACAUGUACUAGGGUGUAACGUAGAGGUUAGAAUCGAUCUUGUUCCUUGUACUGCAACAAAGACUGAUAAAAUGAAAAGGCAAUCUUUGUGUUUGCUGUGUUGCUUCGGUGGGAUGCAAGACAAAUCACAUUCAGAUGAUUCUGAUUUCACCUCCGGAAGAGUUAGAAAAGGGGCAAUCGACACAUGCUCUGAUUCUCAGUCCGAGUACUCAAUUAUAUGCACUCGUAGUAAUGAAACAGACAGAGCCUCUAGAAAUAGCGAACUUACUUCCCAGAGCAAUGGGAUUUUCUCACUGCACAGAUCAGUGCAACCUGAUACACAAAAGGUGUCCCAUUUAGGAGUUGGCUUGUCCAAAGAAGGGGGAAGCAACCAAGAGUGUCAGGUUUUUGCUAUUGAAGGGAAUCAGCCGAGCUGCUUCUCAAAGCCUGUGAGGCUUCAUCAAAGGACAUAUUUUUGUGCAAGUGAUCCUUGUACUCUCCGCUCCAGUUCCAACAUCUACAAUUACAGCUCUGGGAUGAGGAUAGUCGGACGAAGGAGUCAAGGGUGAGCUCGAAGAUAUAUUGCUGGAGAGCUUCCAAGUUCUCUUUACCAAGGCUUGACAGCUGAGGCAGCAGAAUGGAAGUUCUCAGUUAAUGUGUUGCAUCCCAGUGUGCGAGUGAAAUGAAUGUUGGAGCGUUGGUUGUUGAUUGUGGAGGGUUCAGCAUUUUCAUCCAAAUGUUAUGUGAUUGCUUCCUCCUACACAUUGAAGUCGUCGUUGAGUGAGGUCAAAACAUCCAACAGUCCGAGUGAGGCAGCUGGUUGUGCAAUUCAAGCGCAGUGCUUCCUCGUGAAAGCAUGUGAACGAUCCGUUGUUAAUUGUUUGAUUGACAUUAUGAAUGGGCUAGAUUUGUACAGGAGAAGAGUGUUAAUGCCACAUUAUUAGCAUUCUAAGAUAUGGAGAGUUGCCUAAAUUUUGAAUGGCGACCUGAGUAGGGUGUCACUUUGAAUAAGGACUCAUUAACUAAUUAGUGAUAACUUGUGAACUCUGAUCAUC